AGUGAAGUUCGAAGAGGGAGAUUUCUUCAGGUGCCCCUUAAUUGGCUGAGACACCUGUCAUUCAAAAUCCAUCAGGUGAGUUUAGAAAAUCACCGACGCCCCGCCUCUCAUUAGUUCCCUUAACCAAUGACGUGUCUGAUUCACACUGUCACGUCAAGACCCCGCGUGUGCUCGGAAAUCUUGAGCGCCGUGUACCUCACACGCCUCGCGCAUCUUACCACGUCGAGACGAAGCUAAGACGGGCUGGAAAGCCUCGGGAGAAACUGCGGACACACCGGAGCUUAGUAGCCGUCGUCAGGGCUGUGGUCGCCGCGCUGGGAAAGGAGUGCGGACCUGAAACCUGCUGCCGAGCGACAAUGUCUACUGGAGCAUCGCCAUGACUUCUUACAACAACUCUGAAAACAUUUCCCCUUCACCAUCUACGUCCUCCGUACUUCUGUCAACGCUUUAUCUCAACUCCUCCGGCGCCCCCUCAUUCAUCCCGCUGUCCUCGAUUGGGAAUUGCAGCGGGGCGGCGCCAUCGUCGUCCUCGCCACCGUACAACUUUUAUGCCGUGCUGCUCGUGCUGCUCAUCUUCUGCGUGGUGUUCGGCAACGUGCUAGUGUGCGUGGCCGUGUCGCGAGAAAGGGCCCUGCAGACUACUACCAACUACCUCAUCGUCUCUUUGGCUGUGUCCGACCUUCUGCUGGCUACCCUGGUCAUGCCGUGGGGAGUGUAUCUGGAAGUGGUGGGCGAAUGGCGCUUCAGUCUGAUCCACUGCGACAUCCUGCUGACUCUGGACGUGAUGAUGUGCACGGCUAGCAUCCUCAACCUGUGCGCCAUCAGCAUCGACAGGUACACAGCUGUUGCCAUGCCUUUGUUGUACAACACGCGCUACAGCUCCCGGAGGCGGGUAGCCCUGAUGAUCGCCGCUGUGUGGUUCCUUUCUUUUGCCAUCUCCUGCCCGCUGCUUUUUGGACUCAACAACACUGCGGACCGUGAAGGCACCACGUGCAGCUUCGCCGACCCAGCCUUUGUGGUGUACUCAUCGGUGGCGUCCUUCUACGUUCCCUUUAUCGUCACCCUGCUGGUGUACGCUCAGAUCUGCGUGGUUCUGCGCAGGCGCGGCCGACGCACGGCUCCGCCGUGUGGCCGCCGUCUGCCUGAAGCCUCGGAACCACAGAGGCACAGAAAGAAUAAAUGCACACAGCCAGAAGAUGUCAAACUGUGCGCUCUGAUUUUGAGACCCUCGACCGCGGCCCCCCAGCGCAAACGAGUUACAUUGGUGAAGGAGGCGUUGGUGCACCCCCUGGAGGUGGAACCGGGUCGCUUCCUGCCGCAGCCUGAGCAGACCGUAGCUGCACCGCCUACUGUCCAGACGUCAUCCGCGUGCCCGGGUCGGGCCACUGUCUCCAUGUCUGUGUCGGUUGGGCCCGCACCGGCACGUCCGUGUGUGGCGCCACGCUCAGCUCUGACGCCGCGGCCCCCCACGCUGGAGGGCGGCAUGCGGGGCCACGAAGGCUGGCGCGAACACAGCGGAAGUGGUGGCUGGGCAGCCGUCACCAAGGAGCGGGCUAGGGGGAGGAUGUCGCAGCAGAAGGAGAGGAAGGCCACACAGAUGCUUGCCAUAGUGCUAGGUGUAUUCAUCAUCUGCUGGCUGCCUUUCUUCCUGACACACGUCCUGAAAGCCCACUGCGCCAGCUGCUGCAUCUCAACGUCUUUAUACAGCACCGUCACAUGGCUGGGUUACCUGAACAGUGCCGUCAACCCCGUCAUCUACACUACUUUUAACGUGGAGUUCCGCAAGGCCUUCAUCAAGAUCCUCCUCUGUUGACGUUUCAAGUAAAUGAGGUGAUGAUGGUGUUGGGUGGUGAUGCUUUCAAAUGGAUUGGAUGUCUACCGCCGUAAAUGUGUAUUUUUUUUUUCAGCCUUAAACACUUUCAAGAACACUAAACUCUACUACACUACUGUACUAUAAUGAUGGCAUUGUUUUUCCUGAAAAAACUUAAAGAGCCAAAUUUAAAAAUAGAAUUUAAAUUUGAUGUUUCAUUGUAAAUAUAUUGCGCAUUUUCACAAUUAUGGUCAUAUGCACUGUCAAUAUGAACAAAUGUUAGCAUGUCUAUUGUUGUAUGUUUUUAAGCUGAAGUGUCAAACUCAUUUUUUGUCGCAGGCCACGGACAGCCACUAAUCCAUUUUUUAAAUGAACCGACAACUAUCUUGCUAGUCGAUUAACUGUUUCAAGACAUUGUUGACCUCAAACUCAGUUAAAUCCUCUUUUUUUUACUGCUUCUUAAUAGCAACAUAUCUUUCCUUUUCUUUUUGUAAUUAAUUUAUGUUUUUUUAUUCAUAAACCUGUAUUCUCUUUUUUAUUUAUUUAUUUUUAUUUUAUUUUAUGUUUUUAAACCUGUCUUGUUCAGCUGUUUGACACGAAGAAUGGAAGUCUCAGUGCCCGGAUGGUCCGAACAGUUUUAAUGUUUCACAUUGAGAGUCUGACAUUCUCCUACUGCCAUCAUUCAACAUACCUUGUUUAUUAUGACAAAGCAGCGAACAGGAAGACAACAACAAGAAAUACAUUGAACGUCUACACUAACUACUAAUAUGUUGGUGCUAUUGUCAGCUAGAUGU